AUGCUGAACAUUCUCUUCGAAUACAGGGGUUUCGAAACCUCCUUUGAAGUCAUUCUCAAAAUGCGCGAGAAGUUCCCCCACAUCAGCAUCGACGAUUACAAACUAGCGAUCCGCACUUGCAGUCUCUGCGCCAACGCCUCCCAAGCGGCUCAAAGUCUCUGGGAGAUGAUGCUGAGCGAGGGCUACUCCCCGAAAGUGGUGGACUUCGAGACCUUGAUGCAGUGCUACGUGAAAUCGAAAGCCUUCGCAGAAGCCGAAAAACUCUUCGAUUUGAUCCGCGAGCACGGCCUCGAGCCCACGGUGUGGACCUACAACAUCCUCAUUAACGGGUACAACAAGAGCGGGAGCUGGGAACGCGCCCUGCAGAUCUACCAAAUCAUGAAAUUGGCGGGAGUGCGGCCAGACGGAAUCACGUGCACCACCCUCAUCGACUUGCUUCUGAAGACCAAACAGCCGCAAUACGUCCACGUGAUUCUCAAGGACUUGCAGGGCGGCGAAAACCUCAUCGACCAGAUCGUGCAGUCCCUUCGAAGUUCGGAUUCCCGCGGGGAUUCCCGUGAGGAUUCCGCGCUGUGGGUGCUGGACACGUGGGAGAACGUGUUCAGCGAAUCAAAACUGCGCGAGUUGAGCGAUCGGUUCGACCAGCUGCAUCUGCGGAAGACGUCGUUGAACGCGUUGCUGCUGUGGUACGUGCAGCAGAACGACGAUCUGGCGGUGCAGUUUCUGUACCACGCGACGCAGCGAUUGGGCAAAGCGCGGCCCGACGAUCUGACGUACAAACUCCUGCUGUGGCACUGUGCGCGCCAGCGAAACGCCGAGCUGUUUCAGCGGAUCAUGACGAACGCGACGCAGCAAGGAGUGCAGUAUAACUCGAGUAUGGUGCGCGAAGUGUGUCGGUAUUUUGUGUUUACGGAGCAGUUUGAGAAGGGAAUGCAGCUGUUGAAGCACAGCAUCGACUGCACGCUGCUGCCCAAUUUCAAAACGCAGCCGUUUCGAAUGCUGCUGUGGAAGUACUCCGAGGCCGUGACGUUCUUCGCCAUCUAUAGCAUAUCCUCGAUGUUGGGAGAGGGGGAAACGUGGAAAUUGGUGGAAACUAUUUGAAAAUCUUGUGAAAAUCUUGGAAAAUCAUGUAAUAGACUUGUGAAAUUCAUUCAUUCAUUCUUUCAUUCAUUUUUUCUUUCUUUCUUUCCAAUUUUGCUUUCAUUCAUUCAUUCAUUCGUUUUUUCAUUCCACUUGCUUUUUUCUUUCCACUCAAUUCCAACCAAAACGUUUCCAUCCCUCAAAACGAUCUCCUUUGUAUUCCUUUUUCUUGUUACUAUUCCUUCACUUCACUUUUUGUUCUCGUUCGUCAAGGCAUACGGCGAAAGACAGCUAGAGAAUGUGCAGUAUCACGACGUAAACAUCAUGGGAAACGCUGGAUUGGACGUGGAAAAGGGAGAGCGAAACAACAAGAUCAUCCUCAGUGUUCUCGACAAUCUCUCUCCUCAUAUCAACGUAACGCAUACAGCCGA